UGUACAUACAUGAAGUGAAACCAUAUGCUCCGAGGAUGGCCAGCGAGCGGUGCGAAUCCACACCGUUCCCGUGUUCUUUGCCAAGACUCGAGCAUGUCGUCACUCGUCAACGGCAGCAUUUCCCAAAGCAGCGACUCAACACCAAAUGUCGCGAUCCGCCCAUGCUUUGGACCUGCACCCAAGAUAUCCAGCUCGGGCCGCCACAGUUUCAAGCCAUGAAUGAGACAUAGCGACGAAAACACCAUUUACCACAAUGCCUCUGGCCCCAAAUCCCGAGCUAAGACGGCAGGUCAUUGCCAUCUACAAACAACUCCUCUACCUCGGCCGGGACUAUCCCCAGGGUUAUGACUUCUUCCGCCCGCGGCUGCACCGGGCCUUCAUGGCCAAGGCGAACCUCACGGACGAAAAGGCGAUCCGGGAGGGCAUCGCAAGGGCCGACUUUGUAAGAAAAGAAAUUGAAGCGUUGUACUACCUCAAACGAUACCGGACACUGCGAAAGAGAUAUGACGGAGCAUAGAAGGGCGCCACGGUCGGACUGUAAAUAAAUAGCAAGCGAAUACAAGCGGUAGUAUAACAUUCACAGAUCA